ACGCACGUUUCUUAAAAAAAUUGACUCUCUAUGGUCAAGGCUUUUAUAAAAACGAAGCAAAUCUAAUAACAACUCACUUUAUAAUACGAAGUAAUACCAAAGGCGCGCCUUGCUUCGAGAAGUGUUCGAGUCUAUUUGGCAGCUUGGAGACUGGAUUCUAAGACCUUCUGGUAGCUUGUACAUGAUUUCAAGACGUUUUCGAGAGGUUGCAUCGACAAUGCCUAAGCUUACACUGUCCAARACAGCCAAGGUCAUGCCCCGGCAUAUUAGCAUGCUGGCAUUGGAGAACAAUCUACCCAAACUACCCGUACCACCCCUACAACAAACCAUGGAUAAGUACCUCAAGGCUGUGGAACCUCUAGUGGACAAGGAAGACUUUAACAAUACCCAAGAAAUAGUCAAGGAUUUCAGAAAACCUGGCGGUAUUGGUGAAUUGUUGCAGAAAGAGUUGGAAGGGUUUGCAAGGAAGAAAGACAACUGGCUGAUUGACUGGUGGAACAAUUUAGGWUAUCUUGAGCAAAGAGUACCGUUGCCAAUCUACUACAGUCCUGCAUGCACAUUCCCCAAGGAAGUUUUUAGCGAUAAUUUGAGCCAUCUAAAAUAUGCAGCAAGAAUCAUCACUAAUGUUUUGAAGUUCAAGGAAGAAGUUGACAAUGAGACUCUUACUGUUGAUAUGAUGGGCAAAGAUCCAUUGAACAUGAUACAAUACAAGAUGUUGUUCAGUGGCAUCAGAGUUCCCAGACCUAAUAGAGAUGAGUUUGUCCAGGCACCAAGGCACAAGUCAAGACAUAUUCUAGUAGCGCACAGGAAUCAGUUUUUUGUCUUUGAUGUGUAUGAUACUGCUGGAAGACCAUUGAGUGAAGGCGAUUUGCUUUCCCAGUUGAUGAGAAUUGUGGAAAGUAAUGAACCCUCGGAGCAUCCUGUGGGUGUAUUAACUAGCAGUGACAGAUCAUCUUGGGCUGUGCAAAGCAAACUUUUGCGUAAAGAUCGAACAAACAAGUCAAAUAUAGAAACCAUUGCCAGUGCUAUAUUUGUGGUGUGCCUGGACAAACCACCUGUCCCCUCCACCCAGUCUCCCAGCGCCAUGGAGGAUGCUACCAACUCAAUAACAGGUCGACAAAGCCUUCAUGGUGAUGGCGUGGGAUCCAAUAGCAUGAACCGAUGGUUUGAUAAAACUUUGAAUUUCUGUAUCAGUGAAGAUGGACACUGUGGCUGUCUUUACGAGCACACACCCGCUGAAGCACCACCUGUUGGCCGUCUGUGGGAUUUCGUUUUAGAGAAGAGGCACGGCUUUGAAUCCAUCACCCCUAGUACAGCUACUAACCAUCUUGAAACUCCGGUAAAACUCAAAUGGAACUUGCAAAAAACUACAUUAGAAGCUAUAGAAAAUGCCAAGUACAAUAUUGAAAGUUUGAUUGAUGACACUGAUGUGCGUUGUUUUAAAUUCGAUCAUUACGGCAAGAAAUUCAUCAAAGGACAAAAACUGAGUCCCGAUGCUUGGAUACAGAUAUCUUUCCAGCUUACACAUUACAGGUUACAUGGUUGUAUUGGACCAGCGUACGAGACAGGCUCGACAAGAAAGUUCUUUCGUGGACGUACCGARACGAUACGUUCUGCGUCUGUUCCUACCUUGAAGUUCGUACAGGGAAUGGCUGACGCUUCAUUAACAAAUGCGGAUAGGCUUAAAUUGAUGCGUGAGGCCAUCGGUGCGCACAGCCAGUACACCAAAGAGGCGAUAAGUGGACAAGGAAUUGACAGACAUCUUCUUGGUCUGAAAAUGAUCGCCAUUGAAUCAGGGAUCACCUUACCUGAUCUGUUUAUGGAUAGCASUUACUCCUACUCUUUGCAUUUUAAAAUAUCAACAAGUCAGGUUCCAUUCCAAGAAGACAGUUACUUGAUAUUCGGGCCUGCUGUACCCGAUGGUUAUGGAAUAUGCUACAACCCKAAAGACGACAAGAUACUCCUUGGUAUCACAUCUUACAACAGCAACCCAACAACGAAUUCAGGACAUUUUGCUGCCUAUCUGCGCAAAAGCUUGGAUGACAUGCGGCUUCURACAACUAACUCUAAACUUUGAAGAAAGCUAUUGAAGUGGAAGCGUUCCGCCAUUGUAGAUGUUCUUUCACUUUCUUUCAUCCAAUCAGUAAAGAAGUGAAAGAAAACAAAAGAAAAAGAAAAAAACUGGAUAAUUUGUUAGCUAUUUCUUUGAAAAAGCAGAUAGCAUGCAGCUUUUUCCAACUAAUUCUAAUGACUAAUGAAGAAACCUCUUGGAUUUGACAGUGAUGCGGCGCAAACUAGGCCAACAAAUAGGAUAUGUCACUACCUGGCUGCGCGAAGCGUACACGACAUUUGGAUUUUUCCCUGAGCCUCGAUCUCAGGAUCUCAGGCAGAGUAGGAAUGGAAUGAGAAAUGAUUCUAUUUUUUUUCUUCAAAUGGAAAGAUUCCGUUGCGUUUUGUUCUAAAAAGUAUUAUUGAUUUAUUAAAGUAUUGUGAAAACACUUUAUCAAAUUCACAAUAAAAUAUUGAUGUUCAAGCCGCA